AUGUCAGGAAAAGCUGCAGGCCUGGCCUACCAUGCUCCAAAAGAACAAGAAGGACUUAUAAUUGUGAAGGUUGAAGAAGAGAAUUAUGUUUGGGGGCAGGACCUUGGCCUUCAGGGAGACCCCUGCAGCCCAGAGACCUUCCGCCAGCGUUUCAGGCAGUUUGGCUGCUCUGAUUCCACGGGGCCCCGGGAGGCCCUGAGCCGGCUCCGGGAGCUUUGCCAUCAGUGGCUGAGGCCAGAGGUGAACUCCAAGGAGCAGAUCCUGGAGCUGCUGGUGCUGGAGCAGUUUCUGAGCAUCCUGCCUGAGGAGCUGCAGGCCUGGCUGCGAGAGCACCAGCCUGAGAACGGAGAGGAAGCCGUGACUCUGUUGGAAGAGCUGGAGAAAGAGCUUGAUGAGCCAAGGAAACAGGACACAGCUCAUGGAAUGAUCUGGAAGGAAAUGACAUCCAUAGGAGCACUGAAGUCUCUGAGUAUACAGCUCCAGCCCUUGGAGAAUCAGUGCAAGAGUGAGACUCAGGAGUCCCAGACUGCCCACGAGAGAGAUGGCAAGCUGGCGGCUGACAGAGUAUUAACAACAAAGCAAGACAUUAUGGAAUGUGUAGCAUCAGCAGCCAUGAUAUCCCCAGGAAGACUCCCUGGGGAAACUCCUUCAGGACAGAUAGUUGAAGAAGCUUUGGGAGGUCUGGACAACUUUGAGAAGCCAAAAGGAACUGCUGCAAAGAGCAAAAUGAGUCCACUCCCUUCCCAGGAAAGACAUCUUAGUCUGGCAACCUUCAACAAGAAAACCUCCACUGAAGAGUGUGUCCUUGAGUGUAACAAGAGUGAAAGGACUCUCAGUGUGAAUUCACAUGUCUUGACACGACAGAGAGUUCAUGCUGGAGGAAAGGUCUACGAGUGUUUGGACUGUGGGAAAGCCUUUUGCCAGAGCUCAAAGCUGAUUAGACAUCAGAGAAUUCACACUGGAGAGAGGCCUUAUGCAUGUAAAGAGUGUGGCAAAGCUUUUAGUUUGAGCUCGGACCUUGUUAGACAUCAGAGGAUUCAUAGUGGUGAAAAACCCUAUGAAUGUUGUGAAUGUGGAAAAGCUUUCCGGGGCAGCUCAGAGCUCAUUAGACAUCGGAGAAUUCACACCGGAGAGAAACCCUAUGAAUGUGGUGAAUGUGGGAAAGCCUUCAGCCGAAGCUCAGCCCUCAUUCAGCACAAGAAAAUUCACACUGGAGACAAAGGCUAUGAGUGUACUGAAUGUGGUAAGGCUUUUGGUAGAAGCUCUGUCCUUAUUGAACAUCAAAGAAUUCACACUGGAGAAAAACCUUAUGAGUGUAACGAAUGUGGAAAAUCCUUCAAUCAGAGCUCAGCCCUCACGCAGCACCAGAGAAUCCACACUGGGGAGAAGCCUUAUGAAUGUAGCGAAUGUAGGAAAACAUUUAGGCACAGGUCAGGCCUUAUGCAGCACCAGAGAACUCACACCAGAGUUUAA